GACGCAAAAAAAGUUGUAACCCGAAGGUCAAUGUUCGGUACCACGGCUAUUGUAUCAGCCUAUCACGUGGAGCACUAGUAGUGCUCAGAGAUAGGAAUCAGUAAGAUUUCUACUGACCGCGCAGCAAAGGUAUACAGAGCAGAUAAUAAGUGGUAAUAUAGCCACUAUGGGGUUGGCUAUUUCAACCAUAAGUACACUAUGUGGAGCGUAUACGUAGAUAACGGUUAAAAAUACCACCGAUACCGACUAAGGGGGAUCCUUAGGCGGUGACAAGUGAAACGAGACAGUAGUAGAAAAGUGAUAAUAUAGGUAAUAAUUCCACAUUAUCCCGGCAAUUGAUUUAAGAGUAUAUUGGAUUUCGUGUUCUAUUAUUCGCGCACUGCCUAUAUUUGACCCUCAAAUUUACAGAUAAGCAUAUCUGAUAUGGAGUGCAUACCUGCGAUAUCCUCCAUGUCCUUAGGCCGCGCGGCCGUCCAUGAACUUCCUGAAAAGCUCUCACAAGCAGCUAGAGCUGGUUUCAAAGGCGUUGAAAUCUUUUACGAAGACUUAGAAUAUGUCGCCAGCGCCCAUGGCGCUAUAACCCUUGGCAGCCUCUAUGAGGCAGCCCAAGAAACAAGGCGAUUAUGCGACGCGAACAACCUUAAAAUCAUCAGUUUGCAGCCAUUCAUGUUUUAUGAGGGUCUAACAAACCGAGAAGAGCACAAGGAGAAAAUUGAGACUCUGAAGAUAUGGCUGCAGCUCGCAAAACUAUUGGGAACCGACCUCAUCCUAAUUCCAUCGAACUUCGCGACUGAAAACGUUUCUGGUGAUAUGAAUUUGAUUGUACAAGAUAUGACCGAAGUCGCUGAACUUGGUUUACGAGAAAACCCUCCAAUUCGAUUUGUGUAUGAGGGCUUGGCCUGGGGGACAUACAUUGACACAUGGGAACGUGCGUGGGAGGUUGUCCAACGGGUCGAUCGCCCAAAUUUCGGUGCUUGUCUGGAUACUUUCAACAUCGUCGGGAGAGUCUGGGCGGAUCCAGCUAGUCCAACGGGAAAAACUCCAAAUGCAGAUGAGGACUUGAGAAUCUCAUUAGAGAGACUGAGGAGAACCAUGGACAUAAAGAAGGUUUUCCUGAUGCAGCUAGUCGACGGGGAAAGAAUGCGGUCUCCUUUACUCGAGGGUCACCCAUUUUAUGUCAAAGGGCAACCUUCCAGAAUGUCCUGGAGCCGGAAUGCACGGCUAUUUCCCUAUGAACAGGACAGAGGUGGCUAUCUCCCAGUUAUACACGUGGCUCGAGUGAUAUUGAAGGAUCUCGGAUAUCGAGGUUGGGUAUCAAUGGAACUCUUCUCGCGCACGAUGUGGGAUCCUCAGGCUACUGUGCCUUCUGAACAUGCACAAAGAGGAAUCAACGCUUGGAAUAAGCUUCAAACGGAACUGGGACUGGCCAAAAGAGGAAUGCUUUGACUUUUGUCACAUUGUAGGAUUUUUAGCAGUUAUAAAGGUCUAAUGCGGGUAUCAUAGCUUUUGUUGGGUAAACGGAAAGGUGAAAGGAUUAGUGUCGAUGUCGUUGGUGAGAAAUCCAAGAUUCUGUGC